AUGCUGAAGCUCUUCCAGGCGGGUGGCGCCCAGAACACCACCUUUGCCAUCCUGUACAUCGUCAACGUCGUGAUCUGGGGCCUGGCGGGCGUGGGCAGCUUCUUCACGCUGGGGGCCGCCAUCGCAGCGUACCGCCGCGGCGCGGGGCCGCGCCGCGACUAUGAGGCGCGGUACGGCCCCUCGGAGCUGGCCACUGUCUGA